GUAAAAUAGUAUUGUUUAAUUACUUGAAUAUUAUUUAUACAAUAUAUUAUACAAAAAUUUUACACUAUACAUGUAAUCAUGUAUGUAAAGAAAUUAUAUACUAAUGGUGCUUAAAGAACAAAUUGUUAAAAUUAUAUUUUAGAGUUUAAUUGUAUGUUAUAAUUUAACCAUUGUGUUCGAAUUUUUUAGAUUUUCACUAUGUUUUAUUUUGAAUUAUUUAAACUUAUAGAGUUGUAGGUAAAUAGAUAAAAAUAUAUAUUAUCCACAAUACAUAUAUCAUUAGUUUUAAGAAGAAAAAUACCAAUUAUAUAAAAUAAAUAAUGGAACCAUAUACGUUUAAAUAUAAUGUAUAAAAUUAUUAUAUGUAGUUUUUUGAUAUACACCGUAAUAUGUUCAAAAUUGUUAGUUAAAGUAUAUAACUAUUAUAUUUUUAUUGAUAUAAAUAAAUUAUACUGUAUUGUUAUAUUAUAUUAAAUUUAAAGAUAUACAUAUAUAUAUAUAUAUUAUUUUUUUAUGAUGUUUUUAUCUUAUACAACUUAAAAUCAAAAAGUGUUUUUUUUAUUGUAUUUGUCUGUAGUAAAUCAGUGUCAUUGUGACUAAGAUUGGAAAUAUUAACUGUUGUUAAAUUAUCUAUUUUACAUUUUAUUAAUUCGUCAUAAAUAAAAAUAAUCAAUAAUACUCCANAAAAAAAAAAAAAAAAAAAAAAAAAAAAUAGGAAAAUUAAUGAAAUAUGUAAGCAAAAUAUGAUUUUUUUUUUUCCUGUGGACGACUUUUCUAUGAGGAAUUUUGCUCCGAUUUACAAUGAUAGCAUAUUUUCUCAAAGGAAAUCUCUCUGGCAAGGUACUUUGAGAAAGUCAUUUUUCGAUUUUUCAGGAGUUUUUCAGCAAAUGUGAAAGACCGUGAGAAAACAUGGGAAAUACGAGAAAAUCAAUACUAUAUUUAACAAAUAUUAUUAAAGAAAAUAUAUUAUGCUUAUUUAAUUAUUUUACCACAUGAUAUAUAUUUUGUUAACAAAGCAACACUAUCAACUGAACUCCGCUCAGAAUCGUUUUUAGUAAACAAUGUUUUGUUUCUUACAGAUAUAAAUUAAUUUUCCCUUUGUAUCCUACCUUAUAUUCUAUACAUCCCAACUUUACACCAACAACAGUGGCUGCACCUAUCUCCAUUAUCCUACGAUAGCUUUUGUUUUUCUACCUGUAAAGAAGUUUUUAAACCAUUAAUCUUGCAUCUAAUAAUCAUACUAAUAAUAUUAGAUUAUAAUUAGAAUGCAAACAACUUACAUACCUAAUAUUGUCUGUGAAACAAGUGAUAGUUGAGUGCAUAAUAUUUUAUGUUGUAAUUUAUCUUUAUAGGUGUUCUAACUUGACAUUUAUAAUAUAUUUUUUUUAAAAACCCAACAAUUAUAAUUGUAUUUUGUAUACUUAGGUAUAAAUUAAUAAAAAAAAUUCUACUUAAAAUUAUCAAAAUAUUAAACAAAAUUUUCAGAACCCUUACAAUAAUCCUUUUAUAGGUAUCCUGCCUUCUGAAUUUUCCACCUACAAGAGUAGCCUACUUUAGAGCAUUAGAGCACUGGUCUUUACAUUCAUAUUUACAUUGUUCUUUUUUUAUGUCUUUAUAGCUUAAAUGUCUACUAUCAUUUGUAAAUAGUCUCUUAUUAUUUAUCAAAAUUGCAAGUAGGAUUUAAUUGAAUGUCAUUAAGAUCAAAAUAAUUGCAUAUUUAAAAUAGAAUUGAAUGAAUUUGUUUACUCGUGUUAAGAAUGAAGCAAACAGCCAACGAAAAAAAUCAAAAAAUGACCUCUUCAAAAUACCAUGCAGUUCCAAAAUACAACAAAACAGAUCUCUUGUCUUAUUUUGACAGGGUAAUAUUUCUGGUAGACCUUUUUGUAAAAUUUGGCUCUAUUCAGUAUAUAUUAUAGUAUGAAUUUACACGAGGUAUUGAAUGAUACUUAUUUACUCAAUUAGGUACGUCGAGUGAAUCUCUUGAUUUUCGAUUAUUCGCAUCACUAAAUAUUACGGCUAGAUAAAUAUUUAUAUAUAGAUAUUUUGAAAAAAAAAAACAUUUAACGAUUCAUUUUAUAAACCCAUUUCAUUAUUGGCUGUAUUUGCCCGGACUGAAUAGCCUACAACAUAAAAUAGCACUGAAUAAUUAUAGUAUAGUUUACUAUCUUUUUUUUCAUAAUUCAGAAUUUUCUCGCAAAAAAUAUCUAUGUUGUGAACCAAUUACCACAAUCAAUUCAACAUUUUUACGGGUUUUCAUUGUUACUAGUGAUAAAUGAUAACCAUAAAUAAUAGAUUAUGUAUGGUGAUAACGUUCAUAUUCCACUUCCACGCCUCUAUGAUAUCAGAGUUUAUUUGAUUUCAAUCUCAAAUUUGUUACAAUUAAUACAUUUUAGAUGGUUUGUUUAUAAUGAAUUGAAAUUGAAUCAAUUUUAAAUACGUACGAUUUUUCUUUGAAGUUAAGAUCUAAUAUAAAAUCUACAAUGUUAUUUAACUGUUUGGCAAAACAAAUACGCGCUCUCCCUUCAAGAUUCACUGUAUCAUGUCGACUGUCUACUGCUGCAACAUUAGAGAACACAGAAUUUAGUAAGUAUUAAACACAUUUUUUUUUUUUGUAAGUUUUUAUAAUUGGAUUACUUUAGCUGAUACCGAAAAACCACCACUGAUAUAUGGCGGAUACACAAAUGUACGACAGGCAUGGGUAUCCAACUUGGAUACCAUAAAGGACAAUUCAUCGACUAUUAUAGAUUUGCAUCCUCAAGUAUUUGGAUCAAGACCCAGAAUAGAUAUUAUACACGAAAAUGUUGUUUGGCAAAGAAAAUAUAAAUAUGUUGUAAGUUAUUGUUUCUUGUUUUUAGUUAGUUAAUUAAUUUAAAAUUAGCCUCAUUAACUCUUGUAUAUACACUAUUAGAGUUAUGCAAAUACUAAAGUUACUGCUGAGGUCAAUAUGAGUUCAAAGAAACCCUGGCCACAAAAAGGUCAAGGACGAGCACGACACGGUACAAGACGUUCUCCAUUGUUUAGAGGUGGAUCCGUCAUACAUGGUCCACGGGCACACAAAACUCAUUUUUAUAUGCUUCCAUUCUACAAAAGAGUGUAUGGAUUGACGUCUUCAUUGUCUGUUAAGCUUAUUCAGGUAUAUAUAUUUAUAAAAAUAAACAAGAGUUAAUGUUGAAUUUAACAUGGCAUUUUGUAUAGGAUGACCUGCACGUAGUGAGAGAUUUAGAAUUGCCUACAGAAGACCCAGGGUACAUUGAAGAUUUAGUUGAUUCCAGGCUUUGGGGACCAUCAGUACUAUUCAUUGACGAGUAAUUAAAAUUAUUUAUUUAUAAUUAACAGAAUAAUUUGAAAAAAAGUAAUAACUCAGUUUUUAAUGAAGUUUAAAAAUGAAUAAGUUAUUAAUUUUUAAUAAUAUGUUUAGUACCGAUACAAUGCCGAGAAAUAUCAGUUUAGCGUUAAACCAAAUCAAACACAUGAAUCUGAUGCCUGUUUAUGGUUUGUUUUUAUAAAUAAUAUUGUAUUAUCGAUUGAAAAUUGAUAUUUAUUAAUAAUAUUACUUUUAGGUUUAAAUGUGUUCAGUAUGCUGAAAUAUGAAACAAUUGUUUUGACAGUAGCAGCAGUGAAAAAAAUUCAAGAUCGAAUCCUUUACCAAUUACACAGGCCUGAUUGUAAUGAAGCCAUUCGUAAAUUUAAAUUAAACCAAAAUAAUUAAAUUUAUGUAAAAAAAAAAAAACACUUAGAAUAACAAUUUUGAAAAUAUAGGCCUGAUUUUUCUUAAAUUGGCUGUUUUAUUAUUAUCCUAAACCAACUAAUCAACUGUCAACAAAACUAACAAUACAAUAUGAUUUAUUGUUUUCCUAUUUAAUAUAAAUUAUGAUGGGGAAAUUAAAAAAUGAUACAACUUGAAAUAAUUAUUAUUAAUACGGCGCUUUAUAAUACAUUUGGUUAACCAAAACAUAUAAAAAUAUUAAAUAAAAUAUAAAAUUUACAUAAUAGUUAUAUAAUCUAAUGUAGUUAGACAAAAUCACUUAUAAAUAUUGUUAAUAUACAACACUGUGUAUAGAACACAAAAAUACGUUUUUAAUCAAUUUUUAGAAAACAUGUUCCAUAUAGAAGCACAGAUAUUUUGAGGAUUUAUUUCAUUUGGAUAAUAUUGCAUGGCUAUAGAAACUUGUUCCUCGGGAAAAAUUGAAGCUAAAUGAUAAUAUAACUUUUGCCUAGCUUCAUGGUAACUGGGAAAUAUCUGAGGGUCGGAACAGUAGACUGGCACCUACUGUUUGUGGCACGUUCAUCGGCAUAAGUACAGGAGGUGCAGAUGCUAGUCUCAUUACAUUACAGUGUUGACUUCGUUGCAAAUGAUAUAGAAGUGUGUCGUAUGUAGGGUUUAAUGUAAGUAGUCUCUGCAAUUUAUAAUGUAAAUGUGUUCAAAUUCUUUAGAUUUUCACUAUGUUUUAUUUUGAACUAUUUAAACCUAUAGAGUUGUAGGUAAAUAGAUAAAAUUAUAUAUUAUCCACAAUACAUAUAUCAUUAGUUUUAAGAAGAAAAGUACCAAUUAUAUAAAAUAAAUAAUAGAACCAUACACAUUUAAAUAUAAUGUAUAAUACUAUUGUAUGCAGUUUUUUGAUAUACACCGUAAUAUGUUCAAAAUUGUUAGUUAAAGUAUAUAACUAUUAUAUUUUUAUUGAUAUCAAUAAAUGUUCAGUCGCAUCUGUCCAGCUGUUCGCGCGAUAAGCUAAACACAGGCCACCGACGUAGCUACAACCGUUUUUACUAUCUACGUUCGGCGCGCGUUGUUCAGUACCGUACACCGUCUACUGUUCACCGUAAAUCGUACACCGUCUAUUGUUCACCGUAAAUCGUACACCGUCUAUUGUUCACCGUAAAUUGCCUACCGUACAUCGUCUCCCGUUCACCGUCAACCGUCAACCAUAUACAGUCCACUUCACCGAAUUAUACAUUAUUUUGAGUGUCCAAAAUACAACACCAAUUAUGUCUAACAUAUUCUCCUCUCCCCCAAAAUGACCGUUACUACUGCUACUUCUACCAAUUGUAUGAACCGUGGACCUAGCUGUGUUUAGAGUAUUGUGCAUAUAGUACAGUUAGUACAACAACCACUCGAUUGACCAGUAAUAACUAUAGUAAUCAAUGUUGUCAAUUUCAUCCGUUUUAGUCCAAACAGAUCCAACCAACUCUGAAGGUUUUACUGCUUUAUAAUUUUCUGACUCAAGAAGAGUUAAUUGUCUAGCGUCUACGAUAUUCAAUCAUUUUCACUGGACGUACAUUUAUUGACGGUUUAAAGUUGUUGGCGUUUAUAACCAGAACCAAAAAUGCAAACAAGAAUAAUAAAUGAUGAGGAUUUCAUUAACUAUUCUGAAGGAACAGUUAAUGACGAAUUUUUAGAUCUCCAAGACACCGAUAAUGAAGAAGAACAGUUGGAACAUGAAGAUUUUUAUGCGUAUAGUACAAUUAGUACAACAACUACUCUAUUGACUCCAGUAAUAACUGUAGUAAUCAAUGACAAUUCGUUUAACGUUUCAUGUUCCAACUGAUUUUUCGUAGACGCUAAACGAAUUGUCAUUGAUUACUACAGUUAUUACUGGAGUCAAUAGAGUAGUUGUUGUACUAAUUGUACUAUACGCAUAAAAAUCUUCAUGUUCCANAUCAAAGAGAUCCAGAUUUACUUGAUAAAUUACAUACAUUUUUAUAUUCGAUUAAUGGAAAAUCAAUGAAAAAAUGGGCAGAUUCUGUUAUCAAAAUAAUGCAAAGGAAAACCACCGAAGCUCAAAAAGAAAUAACAUUUGCAUUCGAUUCGCCGCCACCACCUAUUGAAGUUCAUAUGGAUUUUAACGGAAACGAUGAGUUUAACAUACUAUUAGUACAUCCUAUAGAGUUUGCCAGACAAUUAACUCUUCUUGAGUCAGAAAAUUAUAGAGCAGUAAAACCUUCACAGUUGGUUGGAUCUGUUUGGACUAAAAAGGAUAAAGAAAUAAAAUCUCCAAAUUUACUUCGACUAAUCAAACGCACUACAAAUUUUAGUCGUUGGAUCGAAAAAGCCGUUGUUGAAUGUGUAAAUUUUGAAGAGAGAGUUGCUAUUGUGUCAAGAUUUAUUGAAGUUAUGAUGGCAUUAGAUGAGUUAAAUAAUUUCAAUGGAGUUUUAGGUGUUGUAUCGACUAUGAGUUCAGCUGCAGUAUUUCGCCUGAAAUUUACACUCUCAAAUAUCAGCGCUAGACACGAGAAAGCUUUAGAAGAAGCUCGACAGUUAAGUAAUAAUCAUUUUAGAAAAUAUCAAGAUAAAUUAAGAAGUAUAAAUCCACCUUGUGUGCCAUUUAUCGGUAUGUAUUUAACAAAUAUAUUACAUAUUGAAGAGGGCAAUCCAGAUUGUUUAACCAUCAGUCCAAAUUUAAUUAAUUUUAACAAACGUCGAAAAGUGGCUGAGAUUAUUGGAGAAAUCCAACAAUAUCAAAAUCAACCCUACUGUUUAAAUGUGGAGCCUAAAAUUAAAAAGUUUUUAGAAAACUUGAACCCCUUCAACGAUAUGAAAGACACUGAUAUUAGCAACUAUUUAUAUGAAAAAUCUUUGGAAAUUGAACCGAGAAAUUGCAAACAACUUCCAAAAAAUAAAAGAUUAUGGCCAGACUUAAAUCUUAAAUCACCUGGUUUAAAGACUAAAAUACGUGUACCAUCUGUGUCGUCCAAAGAAAUGGAUGUUCAAGGUAGACGGAAAUCAAGUUCAUCGUGUUCUUUAGUUAUUCAAACGGAUAAAAGAGAAGCAGAUGAUUCAGUUUUUGAACCAGUUACAUUCACAUUAGGUAAACUUCCUAAUGGUGUUCCUCCAGUACCACCUCGAUUAAGUAAAGUAGACACAUCAUUUAGGCCUCCUAUACCACCUAGAAGAAUGGCUCCACCUUUACCACCUAGAAGAUCACAAGCUGAAUUAAUUCAAACUCCACAAAAACAUGUAGAACUACCUAGGCCAGAAAUGAGUCAAGAUUUCAAUUGGAACAAAAAACCAUCAAUUGUAGUUAGUCCCAAAAAUAAGCCUAUGGAUUUCCAAUUAAAAUCAAUUAAUUUACCAAAACGUGACCAUAAUUUAGAUAGACUUGAAGGGGUUCCGAUAUUAAAACCAGAAAUUGUGCAACAUUCUAGAUUUCCAUUUAAACCAUUUAUUUUAAAAAGAACAGCCCCUUCUAUGUUUCAAUUUAAUGUUUGA